UGCACACACUCAACUCGACCAACAAUCAUGGCAGCUUCUUCUUCCUCGAAGUUUUGGACGACGGAUCCGUCCGAGAACCUGCCCAUCCGGAUGGGCGACGACGUGCACUCGUCGAUGGAGCCGCUUACGGUGCAGUCUGCGUUCAAGGCUGCGGUGGAUCGUGCACCUUCGCGAGGUGCACUCCACCGCGAGAUUGAGGGGACAGACGACUGGGAGACGCUCACGUACCAGCAGUACUACGACGAGGUCAUCCGUGCGGCCAAGUCGUUUGUUGCGCUUGAAGUGCCCAAGGCGUCGGGUGUGUGCAUCAUCGGGUUUAACUCGCCCGAGUGGCUGAUUGCGGAUCUUGGGGCGAUCCAUGCCGGGGCGAUUCCUGCGGGCAUCUACACGACGAACAAGCCGGAGGCGUGCCAGUACGUGAUUGACCAUUGCAAGGCAACGAUCAUUUUCGUGGAGAACAACAAGCUCCUGCACCGGAUCCUUUCGAUCAAGGACGAGUGCCCGAACCUCAAGCACGUUGUGGUGUGGGGGAGGAGCCUGCGGCACCCGAGGGCGCUGCGGAGGACUACCUCUCGUCGGUCAUGACGUGGACGCAGUUUAUGGAGAUUGGCGCCGAGAUUGAGACUGCUGUCAUUGACAAGAUCACGGAAGAGGCGCAGGUGGGCACGUGCGCGACACUCAUCUACACGUCGGGCACGACGGGGACGCCCAAGGCUGCAAUGGUGUCGCAUGACAACCUGACGUGGACGGCGAAGCUCGCGUACGAGCUCCUGGACCAGACGGACGCGUCGAUCACGCUCUCGUACCUCCCGCUCUCGCACAUUGCGGCGCAGAUGCUGGACAUCCACGGCCCGAUUGCGUCUGCCGGCUCGGUGUACUUUGCGCGGCCGGACGCGCUCAAGGGCACGCUCGGGCUCUCGCUCAAGAAGGUGCGGCCGACGCUGUUCCUCGGCGUCCCGCGUGUGUGGGAGAAGAUCAUGGAGAAGAUGCUUGCCAUGGGCCAGCAGACGACCGGGUUCAAGAAGACGAUUGCACAGUGGGCCAAGAAGAAGGGCCUCGAGGGCAACUACAACCGGCAGAACGGGUCUGGUGAGCCGUGGGGCUGGUUCUUUGCCAACAUGCUUGUGUUUGACAAGGUUAAGGCUGCGCUCGGGCUCGACCGGUGCACGAUCCGUGCCACCGGUGCUGCGCCGAUCACGGUGGAGACGCUCGAGUACUUUAUGUCGCUCGACCUCCCGAUCAUGGAGGUGUACGGCAUGUCGGAGACGUCUGGCCUCAUCACAGUCUCGCGGCCGCACCAGUACCGCACUAAGUCGUGCGGUGUGUGCCUGCCGGGCACCGAGGUCCGCCUUGCGGAGCCCGACGCCGACGGCAACGGCGAGAUCAUCACACGCGGGCGCCAGAUCUUCAUGGGCUACAUGUUCAACGAGGAGAAGACGGCGGCGGCGUUUGACGAUGAGGGCUUCCUCCACACCGGUGACGUCGGCAAGUUUGACGCCGACGGUUUCCUCUACAUCACCGGGCGUAUCAAGGACCUCAUCAUCACGGCCGGUGGCGAGAACGUCGCGCCGGUCCACGUCGAGAACCUUCUCAAGGCUGCCAUGCCGUACCUUUCCAACGCGUUCUGCAUCGGUGACCGCCGCAAGUUCCUCUCGGCGCUCCUGACGUUCAAGGUCGAGGUCGACGCCGAGACCGGCGUGCCGUCGAACCAGCUCACCGCGCCCGCCCGCGCCGCGCUCGCCGCCGAGGGCAUCCAGGCUGCCACGGUCGAGGAGGCUAUGGCUGACCCGCGCCUCGACGAGGUCGUCAACGCCGGCCUGGCCCGCGCCAACGAGAAGGCCAUCUCCAACGCCCAGAUGGUCCGCAAGUACGUCAUCCUCCCCGAGGACUUUUCCGUUCCCGGCGGCACCCUCACGUCGACGCUCAAGUGCAAGCGCAACGUCGUCCUCUCCAAGUACGCCGAGAUCAUCGAGGACAUCUACGCCUAGUGCGGUGGUGGCUUUGGCGUUUUCUCUCCCAUUCCAGGUUAAACACAUCAUCACCAA